CAGGAAGUGAAGAACGUGACUGUUCCCACCAUUAUACGAAAGGUGGGUGAGAGGAGAGAGAAAAUUAAAAAAUUGUUUCAAGAGAGAGAAAGUACCAAAAAAGUUCGUUAUUGGGAGAGACGUUAUCGGACUUGAAACGCUCUAUUUCUACGAUUCGCCGAUGAAUUUGAAUUUUCCAUUUAAAGUCCGGCGUUUUAGAAGGUUUUAUCUUUUGUUUUAGUUUGAUUCUGAAUUUGCUAGGGUUAGGGUUUGGUUUUUUGGGUUGGUUUUAUGUUUCAAGAUUUUUGAAAUCUUGAUUUACCCGAUUGAAUUGGUGAUCUUUUAAUGAAGUUGAAUUAUUGGAAUUUACUUCUGGUAGUUUGAAUAAUUGUUGAAGCUAUGUUUACUUCUCAAAAGAAGGUUUUUUCGCCAUUGUCUCUAACUCCUAGGAGGGAGAAUCAGAAUACUCCAGUGCCCAAUUCGAAUUCUAAUGCUAGAGUUUCUGGAAAUGGUGGGACUGUUUCUGAGAAUGCUGAUGAUCUUGAAGAUUUGGAUGAAAGGGUUGCUAAACUUGAGAAUGAGUUAUUUGAAUACCAAUACAAUAUGGGACUUCUCUUAAUUGAGAAGAAAGAAUGGAAUUCAAAGAUUGAUGAUCUCCAGCAAGCACUGACAGAGCAGAAGGACGCCUUGAAGCGAGAACAGGCAGCUCAUCUGGUCGCAAUGUCUGAUCUCGAGAAGAGAGAGGAAAAUAUUAGAAAGGCCUUGGGUGUGGAGAAGCAAUGUGUUAUUGAUCUGGAGAAGGCAUUGCGUGAGAUGAGAUCAGAGUAUGCUGAAAUCAAAUAUACCGCUGAUUCAAAGUUGGCUGACGCCAGCUCUUUAGCAGCUAGCAUUGAGGAGAAAUCUUUGGAAGUUGAAGCAAAGCUACAUUCUGCUGAUGCCAAGUUUGCAGAGGCAAGUAGAAAGAGCUCUGAGAUAGAGAGGAAAAUGCAAGAUUUAGAAAGUCGAGAAAGUGCUCUUCGUAGGGAGCGGUUAUCUUUCAACUCAGAAAAAGAUGCACAAAAUGCUGUUUUGUCUCAACAAAGAGAAGAUUUGAUAGAAUGGGAGAGGAAGUUACAAGAAGGAGAGGAGAGAUUGUGUGAAGCACGCAGAAUUCUCAACCAAAGAGAGGAGAGAGCCAAUGAAUUCGAUAAGAGCUUUCAGCAGAAGGAACUUGAGUUAGCAGAAGUACGGAAGAAAAUUGAUAAAGCUAAUAUGGAUCUGAAGAAGAAAGAGGAAGAAAUAAGCCAAAGACUAGCUAGCUUAACUUUAAAGGAGAAGGAAUUUGAUGCUAUGAAAAAUAGAAUUGAAAUAAAAGAGAAGGAAUUACUUGCUCGCGAAGAACAACUAAAUGACAGAGAAAAGAAUGAAAUCCAAAAUCUUCUUGACGAGCAUAGUGCUCAAUUAGCAGCAAAGAAGCAGGAGUUUGAGUUGGAGAUGGAUCAGAAGAGAAGAUCUGUUGAUGAAGAAUUGAAAAGCAAGUUUGUUGAAUUAGAGAAGAAAGAAAUUCAAAUCAACCAUUCCGAAGAAAAAAUUGCAAAGCGUGAACACGCUCUGGACAAGAAAUUGGAGAAGUUAAAGGAGAAAGAAAGUGCUCUGGAAUCAAAAACAAAAGAUCUCAAGGAAAAAGAGAAGGGCAUUAAGCUAGAGAGUAAGCAAUUGGAGAAGGAAAAGAAACAAAUACAAGAAGAGUUCGAGAAUUUACUAAAGUUAAAAGAGGAUUUGGAGAAUGUUAAAGCUGCCAAUGAGAAACAACUCUUGAGGAUACAACAAGAGAAGGAAGAGCUUCAAGUGACUGAUGAAGAGAAAUCCGAACAUUUACGUCUACAGUCUGAAUUAAAACGAGAGAUAGAGAAUUACAGAUCACAGAGUGAAGCACUUUCAAAAGAAGCUGCUGAUUUGAAACAGGAAAGGAAGAAGUUUGAGCAAGAUUGGGAUUCACUUGAUGAGAAGAGGGCAGAAGUUGAACAAGAGUUGAAAAGGCUAACGGAAGAGAAAGAGAAAUGGGAAAGGUGGAAGCACUUGGAAGAGGAAAGAUUGAGGAAUGAGAUUAUAGCUUCUGAGAAGAAGAUUGAAAGUGAGCGUAAAGCUCUUGAAUUGGAAAAAGAUUCCUUUGCAGCUCACGUGGAGCAUCAGAAGUUGCUGUUGUCAGAGAGAGAACAGUCUGAAAGGAGCAAAAUGGUUGAUGAACUUGAACGGAAGAAAAGAGAACUUGAGAUUGAAAUGCGAAAGAUGCUUGAAGAAAAGGAAAAAGAUCUUUCUGAAAGAGAGAGAUUGUUUGAAGAAGAGAGAGUAACGGAACAGAGUAACUUAAAUUACUUGAAAGAAACAGCUGAAAGGGGAAUGGAAGAGGUGAAAGAGGAGCAAAGGAGGAUUGCUAAGCAAAUAGAGGAAGUGGGUGCAAGUAAGAAAGACUUGGAAGGGCGUAGACUUGAAAUUCAGAAGGAUGUUGAUGAGCUUUUGGUUCUUAGUGGCAAAUUAAAGGACCAGAGAGAGCAGCUUGUAAGGGAAAGGGAGAGGUUCAUUGCGUUUGUUCAGAGAUUUAAGAGUUGUGAGCAAUGUGGUGAAAUAACUCGCGAGUUUAUGGUCUCGGAUCUUCAGUAUUUACAUGAUUUGGAAAAAAGAGAGAUUCCCCCUCUGCCUAAGUUAACUGACGCUUACUUCAGAAAUAGCGUCAAGGAGAAUCUUCAGAAUGACAAUAGGCUUCCUGAUUCUGGGCACAUAGAAUCUUCGAAUCCAGCAAAAUCUGUGUCUUGGUUGCGUAAAUGCACGGAGAAAAUACUGAAGUUGUCACCCAUUAAAAGAGGUGAACCAGCUGCAAUCGAGAACGAUGCUCAAGAGGCCUCUCCAGUUGUUCGGGAUGCUGAUGCCGGCCCAGAUUCUGAUGGGCAUGAUAUUGUCGAAGAAGAAUUGUCAUUAAAAGUGGUAAGUGAUUCGUUAGAUAACGAGGCAGUAGUCAAUGAAAGUGUUAGGGUAGAAGGUGAUCAAGAUCCUUCAGUUGGAGCAUGGGGCAAUACCAACAAUGGUAAAGGACCUGCAUUGUCCCAGAAUUCUGAUUUUCAUAGCCAGCAUGGAAAGAAACAGAGGAGCAGAGUAAUUAGGACACACUCAGUGAAAGCGGUGAUUAAAGAUGCUAAAAACAUAGUUGGUGAUUCUAUUGAUCUGAGUGUUAGCGAGCAACCAAAUGGUGAUGCAGAAAACUCUACACAUAUGGACAAUGAGAGUCGAGAGGUUUCUAGUCUUGCAAGUAAAGAAAAUACAAAAAAAGGAAGAAAACGUGGUCGUACUCAUACUUCACAAACAACCGCAUGUGAGAUGGAUGAUGGGGUGAGUGAAGGUCGUUCUGACAGUGUUGUUGCUGGUGGGCCUAGGACUAGACGGCGAAAAGUGGCAGCUAAUGUACAAGUCCCUGCUGAAAAACGAUACAAUCUACGAGGGUCUAAGAAUGUUGCUAAAGGUGCAGCCGCAAAAACCUCGUCUGGAGCUCAACAAGAUCUAGAUGAAGAUAGUCAAACGGAUAUUGUAGGUGGAAAUAAUGAUCCCGAGCCUUCGCAUUCAGCAGGAGCUGCUAGUGAUUAUAUUGCAAGUAUAAACUUGAUGCAGGUUCAGGCAGAGGAGGCAACCACAUAUAGUACUCCUGUACCUAAACGGAAGAUGGAGAGUAUUGCGCAAAGUGAAGAAGUGAAUGGAACUCCCAAUGGACAUGAUGACCAUGACGAUGUGAAUCACAGCAUUGCGGAAGGGGACGAUGAUGAGGACACGGACGAGGACGAGGACGAGGACGAGGAGGUUGAGCACCCAGGAGAAGCGUCUAUAGGAAAGAAACUGUGGAAGUUCUUGACUACAUGAUUCGAGUUGUUGAAACAUUCCGAUCAUAGCUUUUGCUUUGUAUUUCUUUAUCUCCUUAAUUCUUCCUUUUGGGGUUGCCCCGAAUGUAUUUGUGUAUUGCCAUAAUCGAAUCUAGAGCUGCAAACCGCGGAAUUCUCUACAAAGUUUUAGGAAGGGAUCCAACGUCUGCGCCUGGCACUUUCUGUUUUAGGAAGAGAUUAGAGUGUAGUCAUGGGCUCUGCCUGUGCGUUUCUUGCCAUGAGACUUAGUUUACCACAUUGUCUAGUGAUUGUUAAAUUUGUGUGUAUCAUUUGGUUUGGAGAUUAUUCAAAUAUUUGCUAAAUUUUGUAUUCUUUUUGUUUUGUUCUUUUACCAACAAGAAGUCACUUUUUCCCUAUUAGCAUAGGUAAAAAAUGUGGAUGUUGGCACGAUUACGGAAACGGUUGUAAUGUUGUGGAUGCGGCAUCUCACGGUAUCACAACUUACAAGUAUGGUUAUCAAAAAUUACGAUUUUAAUCUGCGAUUUUAUAAUCUUACUUACGAUUUAAGAAUAGACGAUCGAUC